CUGAAGAUGGAAGCCUGUAACAACAGCAGGUCGCUGCUCACUGUAGCUUUUAGCAAGUUUCACUCAAACAUGAAGAAACAGGGCUUUUGUUUGGGACUAUUUUCAGCGGCGGAUUAAUCCACAUUUGGUGCUCUACCUGACCUACGACUGGCAAUGGACUACGCCUCCAACAGCUACAGUUCUGGAGACACCAUGAGCGCCUCCUUAGCCAACAUGUCCAUCAACGACCAGCACCACCAGGAGAACGGGGUCCAGAUGGGACACAGAAGCCCCGGAGACGCCAAAAUGAAAGAAGAUGAAGCAGCGCUCAGUGAAAAUGGGUCGAAAUCUGUGUCUGAACUGUCUCAGCCAGAGAGCUGUGAUGACGAGGAGCAGCCCGCUGAGACGUCUGCGGAGACGGGCGGCGUCGAGGCCGCGUCUGAGCUCUCAGAAACAGAGAGCGCCUCCCGUGGAGACGAGGGGCAGCUCGCAGCAGGAGGAGCAGCUUCAACAGCUCAAGCAAAGAUGGAUAACGGUUCUGUAGAGAAGACUCAAACUGCCACCAAACCAACCUCUUCCCUUAAAAGACCAUCCAUAGUCACCAAGGGCAACAAAACCCGAAACGGCCACAGCUCCAUCCCCAUUAAAGCCAGCAGCACAGGGCCCAGCCAGCCCGGAGGUGGAGCAAAGUCUCAAACCCCGGGAGCCAAAACUUCUGCAAGACCCGCAGCUCAGCCAGCUAGUGCCAAGAAACCUCCCACUCCAAAAAAUGAAAAAGAUGCCAAGAGUGGACAGAGCAGCCCUGGUACUCCCAAAUCCCCCUCUAGCCAAGCACUUUCUGCAAAGGCGGCAGCUGAAGCCAACAAAGUGAAGAAGGUGGCGGUGGUGCGUUCUACGCCCAAAUCCCCGGGCUCGAUGAAGAGCCGCCCGCCGGCUCCUCUGGCCGCUGCGGCGCCGAUGCCGGACCUGAAGCACGUCAGGUCCAAGAUCGGCUCCACAGACAACAUCAAACACCAGCCUGGAGGUGGAAAGGUUCAAGUCCUUGAUCAGAAGGUGGACUAUAGUAAUGUCCAGUCUAAGUGUGGCUCCAAAGGCAAUAUCAAACAUGUACCCGGUGGCGGCAAUGUCCAAAUCCUCGAUAAGAAGCUGGACUUAACUAACGUCCAGUCUCGCUGCGGUUCUAAAGACAACAUAAAGCACACACCUGGCGGAGGCAAGGUACAAAUUCUUAAUAAGAAGUUGGACUUAUCCAAUGUCCAGUCCCGGUGCGGCUCCAAAGAUAAUCUAAAACAUGUACCCGGUGGUGGCAAUGUUCAAAUCGUGCACAAAAAGAUUGAUCUGAGCAGCGUUACAUCUAAGUGUGGAUCCAAAGACAACAUUCGCCACAAGCCAGGUGGUGGAAAUAUCGAGAUCAAAACUGAGAAGCUGGAGUUUAAAGUCCAGUCUAAGAUCGGCUCUCUGGACAACAUUGGACACGUCCCUGGAGGUGGACAGAGAAAGAGGGAGAAGGGGAAGGAAGCAGAGGGGAGCACCUCAGACAGCCCCUCAAUCCCCUCCCCCGUUGUCACCCCCCCUCUGUCACCUCAGACUGUCCCUUCAGCACCCAACACACCCAUCCUGACGAACCCCCUCAUAAAGAUUGAGGACUCCUAUUGAGAGCCACAAACUGAACUUCCGUGAGACAGCCAAGGCCCGCACCGACCACGGCGCUGAGAUCGUCUCUUUGGAAGACUCCCCCCACCAGCUCAGCACCGUGUCCUCCUCCGGCAGCAUCAACAUGGCCGACUCUGCGC